AUGGAGCUAAAGCAACGAGGUGCAACCGUAAGACAAGUUGACAACAAAUCAGUAAUUGAGUUGGCCAAGAACCCAGUGAACCAUGAAAGAAGCAAACACAUUUACGUUCGAUUUCAUUUUAUCCGAGAUAACAUGAAUGAAGGAAACGUGGAAUUGCUACAUGUGACAUUGAAAUCGCUGAACGAGAGCCUUUCAAAGGAGAAAGUAGAGAUUGAAAAAGAAAAGAAUGACUUAUUAGUGGAGAUUGAUGGUCUAUUGGAAGAGCUAGUGAGAGAUGNAGAGGUUUAUUGGAUUCCAAGGCUAGCUAGGUUGCUUAACACCAGCUUUUGGCUCCAGACAUUGAAAUCGCUGAACGAGAGCCUUUCAAAGGAGAAAGUAGAGAUUGAAAAAGAAAAGAAUGACUUAUUAGUGGAGAUUGAUGGUCUAUUGGAAGAGCUAGUGAGAGAUGAGAAAGAUAUAGAGAUGCUAACUCAACAGAGAGACUCACUCGACGUGAGUCUGAAUCGGGUCCAACAGGAGGAUGUGAAUUUGCAACACACGAUUGAGAUAAUCACUCGUGAUAAAGCCGAAAUGGAGGACACAAAAAUGGAAGUGGAAAAUGUUGUUGUGGACUUGCGAUGGGAAUUGAGUAAACUGAAAGAAGCUAUGACGUCUGAGUUGAGCGUGGCUAANCCAAUCAAAUAUGCAAAAGAUUCGACAUUGAAAUCGCUGAACGAGAGCCUUUCAAAGGAGAAAGUAGAGAUUGAAAAAGAAAAGAAUGACUUAUUAGUGGAGAUUGAUGGUCUAUUGGAAGAGCUAGUGAGAGAUGAGAAAGAUAUAGAGAUGCUAACUCAACAGAGAGACUCACUCGACGUGAGUCUGAAUCGGGUCCAACAGGAGGAUGUGAAUUUGCAACACACGAUUGAGAUAAUCACUCGUGAUAAAGCCGAAAUGGAGGACACAAAAAUGGAAGUGGAAAAUGUUGUUGUGGACUUGCGAUGGGAAUUGAGUAAACUGAAAGAAGCUAUGACGUCUGAGUUGAGCGUGGCUAAGAACGGGAGAAAUGAGGAGUUGGUGUCUCAAAUGGGCUAUUCUCGGGAAGCUCCAAAUGAAGUUUCGUCAGAAAAAGACAAGCUUAGUUUGCUCAAGGACAAGGAGAGGAAAUUGAAGAAACCACGAUUGAGCACGAGAAAACGAAAACGGCGCAGGAAAGUUAAUUUCAAAAGUCAUGUGAAAGAAGAGGCCAAGAGCCCUUUUAGAAAUGAUGAAGUUGAAGAGGUUUAUUGGAUUCCAUGGCUAGUUAGGUUGCUUAACACCAGCUUUUGGCUCCAGACAUUGAAAUCGCUGAACGAGAGCCUUUCAAAGGAGAAAGUAGAGAUUGAAAAAGAAAAGAAUGACUUAUUAGUGGAGAUUGAUGGUCUAUUGGAAGAGCUAGUGAGAGAUGAGAAAGAUAUAGAGAUGCUAACUCAACAGAGAGACUCACUCGACGUGAGUCUGAAUCGGGUCCAACAGGAGGAUGUGAAUUUGCAACACACGAUUGAGAUAAUCACUCGUGAUAAAGCCGAAAUGGAGGACACAAAAAUGGAAGUGGAAAAUGUUGUUGUGGACUUGCGAUGGGAAUUGAGUAAACUGAAAGAAGCUAUGACGUCUGAGUUGAGCGUGGCUAAGAACGGGAGAAAUGAGGAGUUGGUGUCUCAAAUGGGCUAUUCUCGGGAAGCUCCAAAUGAAGUUUCGUCAGAAAAAGACAAGCUUAGUUUGCUCAAGGACAAGGAGAGGAAAUUGAAGAAACCACGAUUGAGCACGAGAAAACGAAAACGGCGCAGGUGGAAUCGCUGA